UCGCGUCUCCAGCAAGGUGGAGGCGGCGCCGCGGCCAGCGACCUGCUGUCUGUGACCGCGCUGGAGUCUCUGGGCCGCCUAGGUCUCCAGGAAUUGGGUGGAGGAUGCCAGAGCCGCGCGCGGAGGCCACAUGGGGCUAGGGUGGUAGCGAGCGUCUACGGGGAAGUUGUGGCAGUGCUGUAGAUCACGGAGGUUUGACUGGCAUUGGCGUGUGGUGGGCUCCGGAGGCCGCCGGAGCCAGGAGUGCUACACCGGACCGGCCGGCCCCAGGCCGGAGCGGUGGGAAGACUCUGCCGGGCCUGGCACUCGUGCUUCCCACAGCGAGGGUGCAUCUGCGUUGGAGCCUCUUUCCCUAGUGGUCAGCGGCACCCCAGCCAUUUUUCUGAGGGGAUUGGAAACGUGGUGCGAUGAGGAGCCGGAGUAACUCUGGGGUCCGGCUGGACGGCUAUGCCCGACUGGUGCAUCAGACCAUCCUGUGCCAUCAGAAUCCAGUGACUGGCUUGCUUCCAGCCAGCUAUGAUCAGAGAGAUGCCUGGGUCCGAGAUAAUGUAUACAGCAUCUUGGCUGUGUGGGGUUUGGGCCUGGCCUAUCGGAAGAAUGCAGACCGAGAUGAGGAUAAAGCAAAGGCAUAUGAACUGGAGCAGAGUGUAGUGAAGCUGAUGAGGGGACUGUUGCACUGCAUGAUCAGACAGGUGGAUAAAGUAGAGUCCUUCAAGUAUAGCCAGAGUACUAAGGACAGUCUUCAUGCCAAGUACAAUACCAAAACCUGUGCUACUGUAGUGGGUGAUGACCAGUGGGGACACCUGCAGUUGGAUGCUACCUCUGUAUACCUGCUCUUCUUAGCACAAAUGACUGCCUCAGGACUUCAUAUCAUCCACAGUCUAGAUGAAGUCAAUUUCAUACAGAACCUUGUGUUUUACAUUGAAGCUGCAUAUAAAACUGCUGACUUCGGGAUAUGGGAACGUGGAGAUAAGACCAACCAAGGGAUCUCAGAAUUGAACGCCAGUUCAGUUGGAAUGGCAAAGGCAGCCCUGGAAGCACUAGAUGAACUGGACCUAUUUGGUGUAAAAGGUGGGCCCCAAUCUGUUAUCCAUGUCCUGGCUGAUGAAGUACAACACUGCCAGUCUAUCCUUAAUUCACUACUGCCCCGGGCUUCAACAUCCAAAGAGGUUGAUGCUAGUCUGUUGUCAGUGAUUUCUUUCCCAGCCUUUGCUGUCGAGGACAGCCAGUUGGUGGAGCUCACAAAACAGGAGAUAGUCACCAAGCUUCAGGGUCGUUAUGGUUGCUGUCGUUUCCUACGAGAUGGAUAUAAAACUCCUAAAGAGGAUCCCAAUCGUUUGUACUAUGAACCAGCUGAGCUGAAGCUGUUUGAAAACAUUGAGUGUGAAUGGCCAUUGUUCUGGACGUAUUUUAUCCUUGAUGGGAUCUUCAGUGGAAAUACUGAACAGGUUCAAGAGUAUAGAGAGGCUCUUGAAGCAGUCCUCAUCAAGGGCAAAAAUGGAGUCCCACUUCUGCCAGAGCUGUAUAGUGUUCCUCCUGACAGGGUCGAUGAAGAAUAUCAAAAUCCUCACACUGUGGACCGAGUACCCAUGGGGAAGUUGCCUCAUAUGUGGGGCCAGUCUCUGUACAUUUUAGGAAGUUUGAUGGCAGAGGGAUUUUUAGCUCCUGGAGAAAUUGAUCCCCUGAAUCGUAGAUUUUCUACUGUACCAAAGCCAGAUGUUGUGGUUCAAGUCUCCAUUCUAGCAGAAACAGAAGAGAUCAAGGCCAUUUUGAAGGACAAUGGAAUUGAUGUGGAGACCAUUGCUGAUGUGUACCCCAUCAGAGUACAGCCAGCACGUAUUCUCAGUCACAUUUAUUCCAGUCUAGGAUGCAACAGUAGAAUGAAACUCAGUGGACGACCUUAUAGAUUCAUGGGAGUACUUGGAACUUCAAAACUCUAUGACAUUCGGAAAACUAUCUUUACUUUCACUCCCCAGUUUAUAGACCAGCAACAGUUCUACCUGGCUCUGGACAAUAAGAUGAUAGUGGAAAUGCUCAGAACAGAUCUCUCCUACCUCUGUAGCCGCUGGAGGAUGACAGGCCAGCCCACCAUCACCUUCCCCAUCUCACACAGCAUGCUUGAUGAAGAUGGAACCAGCUUGAAUUCAAGUAUCCUGGCAGCACUCCGAAAAAUGCAGGAUGGCUAUUUUGGUGGGGCAAGGAUUCAAACAGGUAAAUUGUCAGAAUUUUUGACAACAUCCAGCCGCACACACUUGAGCUUCAUGGACCCUGGACCGGAGGGUAAGCUGUACAGUGAAGAUUAUGAUGACACCUAUGAUGAGCUCGAAUCUGGCAACUGGAUGGAUGGCUAUGAUUCAAUCAGUAAUGCUCGCUGUGGUGAUGAAGUUGCUCGUUAUUUAGAUCACCUUUUGGCGCACACUGCUCCCCAUCCUAAACUAGCCCCUUCCUCACAGAGGGGAGGGCUAGAUCGGUUCCGAGCUGCUGUGCAAACAACCUGCGACUUAAUGUCCUUGGUGACCAAGGCCAAGGAACUCCAUGUACAGAAUGUUCACAUGUAUCUUCCUACAAAGUUAUUUCAACCUUCCCGGCCUUCAUUCAACUUACUCGACUCGCCUCAGUCCCCACAAGAUGAGCAGGUUCCCUCUGUUCGUGUAGAAAUGCAUCUUCCUAGAGACCAGUCUGGGGAGGUGGAUUUUGAAGCACUGGUUUCACAGUUAAAGGAGACAACAAGCUUACAGGAACAAGCUGAUAUUCUCUACAUGUUGUACACUAUGAAAGGACCUGACUGGGAUACUGAAUUGUAUGAAGAGGGGGGUGCUACAGUCAGAGAGCUUCUUACUGAACUAUAUGGCAAAGUUGGAGAAAUUCGUCAUUGGGGCCUGAUUCGAUACAUCUCUGGGAUCCUAAGGAAGAAAGUGGAAGCACUCGAUGAGGCCUGCACAGAUCUUCUCUCCUACCAGAAACAUUUGACAGUGGGACUCCCUCCAGAACCUCGAGAAAAGACCAUCUCUUCACCUCUGCCCUAUGAGACACUUACUCAGCUGAUAGAUGAAGCCAGUGAAGGGGACAUGAGUAUUUCAAUCCUUACACAGGAAAUAAUGGUAUAUCUAGCCAUGUAUAUGCGAACCCAGCCUGGCCUCUUUGCAGAAAUGUUUCGACUUCGAAUUGGUCUGAUCAUACAAGUUAUGGCAACAGAACUAGCCCACUCCCUUCGAUGCUCAGCUGAAGAAGCCACAGAGGGCCUAAUGAAUCUCAGUCCUUCGGCCAUGAAGAAUCUCCUGCAUCACAUUCUCAGUGGCAAAGAGUUUGGUGUGGAACGAAGUGUUCGUCCCACUGAUUCAAAUGUCAGUCCUGCUAUUUCUAUCCAUGAGAUUGGUGCUGUUGGAGCAACCAAAACAGAACGAACUGGGAUCAUGCAGUUAAAAAGUGAGAUAAAGCAGGUGGAAUUUCGUAGACUGUCUAUCUCAACUGAGAGUCAGCCCAAUGGCAGUCAUCUCUCGGGCAUAGAUAUGAUGUCACCGUCUUUUCUGUCCCCUGGAACCUGUAUGACUCCAAAUAGUGGGUCCUUUCCUAGUGCAUUUGGUCAGCAGACAUCUAGAGAUAGCCGUCAAGGUCAAUGGCAACGCCGGAGAAGGUUGGAUGGAGCCCUAAAUAGAGUCCCAGUUGGAUUUUAUCAAAAAGUUUGGAAAGUUUUACAGAAGUGUCAUGGACUUUCUGUGGAAGGUUUUGUUCUUCCUUCUUCAACCACUAGAGAGAUGACUCCAGGUGAGAUUAAAUUCUCUGUCCAUGUGGAGUCUGUCCUGAAUCGUGUACCUCAGCCAGAGUACCGCCAGCUUCUGGUUGAAGCCAUCCUUGUCCUCACCAUGCUAGCAGACAUUGAAAUUCAUAGCAUUGGAAGCAUCAUUGCUGUGGAAAAAAUAGUGCAUAUUGCUAAUGACUUGUUCCUUCAAGAACAGAAAACCCUUGGCGCAGAUGAUGACAUGUUGGCAAAAGAUCCUGCAUCUGGCAUCUGUACUCUUCUGUAUGACAGUGCACCCAGUGGCAGGUUUGGCACCAUGACCUACCUCUCCAAGGCAGCUGCCACAUAUGUGCAAGAGUUCCUGCCCCACAGCAUCUGUGCCAUGCAGUGAGGGCUUUGGGUCCUGGCUGCUAGGAGUCUUUUGGCAGCUGGUCCCUGUCUCAGUUGAUUGUGCAUGGAACUGAAAUGUUAACACCUGAUCACUCCCCCUACCCCUUCCUGUCCCUUUCUUCCCAAGAAGAACUUUGCUGUUAAACUAAUUGCUUCAGAAGAAGUGAACCAUUACCUGGACACUCACCUACAGUGCAUCUGCUCAACAAGGCCUUUCAAUUAUUGUCUCUGAUUCUUUCAUGGUUCAUAAAAGUUUGCAUGUGUUUUUAUUUCUUUAGAUCUGUUACCAGCUUAGUUUUCUAACUCCUGUUUGGGGAGCAGAUAUUAAUAGUUAACUUAUUCCUAAGCUUUGUUUUGUCUUAUGUGUGGUUUUAUUGUAUAUAUGAGUGGCGGAUGCUUUGGGACAUUAUUUCAAGUGAGUAGACUCUAAAUUGUUAGAUUUUACACUGCUGUAAAUUGAAAAUAUCUAUUCUAUGUGCCUUUUCUUAGGAAAAUAGAGUACCAGAUCAAGGGGCUCUUUUUUCACUCACAUGUUGCCUCACACUGAUGAAGUAGUUUUGCAUAGAAUUAUUGUCUUUACUGUUGUCCUGUUGGUAUCUGUACACAUAACACCUAUUCUUAUAUUGGCAAAAUGUCAAAAAAAUGCAUGUACAGCAGGUACAUUUGAGGAUUUCUGUAUUAACACUUGAAAUCACAUUUUAUGAAGAUUGCUACUACUCAGAGGUGUGUUUGUAGCAGAGCACAUGAAACAACCCAGAUAAAUGGAGCCAGAACCCCAAUACCAAAGAGAAGGGAAAGGAGAGAAGAUACCUGGGGAUUGUCUUACACAUGGGGAAUUGAGAGGGCAUCAGAUGUGGGUUAGUACCCUACAGACAGCCUUGUGCACCAAAUCCGUGCCAUGAAGAUGGGGGCAAAAAUUGGAGCCUGACUUCAACAAAGAGAAUCCAGCAGUCCAGUCUAUAGCUGCUUUUUCAAGUAUUCUCCUCUUGUGUUCUUGGUCUCUGCCUCACUCUCUACACACUUUUUGUCACAUCCAACCAACCCCUAUCAACUCCCUGCCCUGCCUCCAUUCUUAAACUCUUUCACUUAUAUUUUCACUUCCUAAUCCAAGUGCUCAUGUCCCUGUAUAUCUUGGUAUCUAUGGGCAUAUAUCUGUUUCUUAUGAAUAUCUCUUUGUGUGUAUGUGCAUGUGUGUGUAUGUAUAAGUAGUAAAAUAGCACAUAGUUUUGGUCUAUCUGUAUAUCUUAUCCUAUAUCUACAUUUGGCAGACCAAGUAAGCAUGUAAGUAUGAAUGUCUCAUGUGAGAAAGGACAUGACUGGUCUCAGGCUACACAACUCAGUAGGUUAAAAAUGCCUUCAAUUCUGUUGUCUGAUCCUGUGUGUAGUUAGCCUAGCUUGACAAAGGUUUCUCAUAAUUUUCCUUCUCCCCGUUUGCUAAUAAAGACUGCUAAUUUCCAUUUGCACUCAGAUAAUUUCUGACUUUAAUCCCCCUCAUUCCCUCAUAUUUUAAAGGUUUUCUCCAAGAACAUGAAUGGGGAGGGUGGGGAUGGGAGACUCUAAACACUUCAUCUUAUAAGUAUGUAAAAUUAGUGAGCCCAGUAGAGUGAUAGAAAGCAGAUGGUGGAAACAAAGAGCGCAUGGCCCACCUUUUCAGUACCUCUCUUCCUGCAAAUGGAAACACAUAGUAAGUAGCUUUUUAAAAAUCUUUUUUAAGUUGUAGGUGGACACAAUACCUUUAUUUUAUUUUUGUGUGGUGCUGAGGAUCGGACCCAGGGCCUCACGUGUGCCAGGCAAGAGCUCUACCACCGAGCCACAACCCCAGCCCCACUUUUUAAUUUUUCUAGUCACCUUUAAAGAAAAGUACAACCCAUUCUGAAAUCAUUUGUCUUUUCACUGACUCUAAGUAUACCCACUCACAGGAAAUACAUCUGGAGUGUCAGAGGCAAAAAUCACCACUCCUUGCACUCAUUUCUUUGAACUAACACCAAUGGCUGCAUUUCUCUGGGUUUUCUAAGUUGUAUAUCACUAUGAUCCCCAAACAGUGGUAUUUAACUUUUAAAGGAAAUUUUCAGAAAACUCUCCCUGGUAUUUUGUUCUUUUUAAGUGUGCAAUAAUAAAAAGACAUGUUAGACUUU